AUGAAGUGUGUUGCAUUGUUGGCUUUGGCCAUGUUUGGCUGCGUUAUGGCUCAGGGCCAAAUCCCGAACGAUGGUCGUUACUAUCCGGAAUACUACGAGACCAAGUGGGAUGAUGGUCGCUGGCGCCCUGACGGUCGCGGCAAGUACGACGAUGGCAAGUACCGCCCAGGCAGCCCCGGUAAGGUAGGAGGAUCGGGCGGUUUCGGUGGUGCUGGAGGUGCCGGUGGAUUCGGAGGUGCUGGCGGUGCUGGUGGAUUCGGUGGAGCUGGUGGAUUCGGAGGUGCUGGCGGUGCUGGUGGAUUCGGUGGUGCUGGAGCUGCUGGUGCUGGAGGUAGCCGUUUCGGCAGCGGAUCUGGAAGUGGCAACGCUGGAGCUGGUGGAUUCGGUGCUUCGGGCUUCGCUAGCGACAGCGGCAGCUCGUUCUCGGCUGGUGCGUUCAACGAUGGCGGUGCUGGAGGUGCUUCGGCCUCGGCUGGUUUUGGAGCGGGCGGUGCCGGUGGUGCUGGAUCUGGAUUCGGAGCUGGUUUCGGUGCUGGCGGUGCUGGCGGUGCUGGUGGUGCUGGAGGUUCUCGUUUCGGUGCCGGCGGUGCUGGCGGUGCUGGCGGUGCUGGUGGAGCCGGUGGUGCGGGAUCUCGCUUCGGUUCGGGUUCUGGAUCGGGCACUGCCUCUCGCUUCGGAAACAACGGUGGCGAUGCUGGAUACGAAAAGAUCAAGGAGCAGGUGAAGCAGUUCAACGAUGAUGGAUACUACUACAAGUACGCCAACGAGAACAACAUUGAGGCCGCUGAGUCGGGCAAGAUCGAUGACCGCAACACCGAGAACGAGACGCUGCGCGCCAAGGGCUACUACGAGUAUGUUGGCGAUGAUGGCCAGAAGUACCGCGUGGACUACGUUGCUGAUGAGAACGGAUUCCAGCCGACGGGUGACCAUCUGCCAACGCCACCACCGACGCCCGAGCCGAUCGCUCGUGCCCUCGAGUACAUUGCGAGCCAGCAGCGAAAGUAA